AACUAGCUUAUUGUGAAAGACAAGAAAGAGAUCCCUCUCUUACAUCAUACAUAUAUUAUCUUCUGAAGAGGUUUGAGUUUUCAAGUAUCUAAUCUGUUCUGUUUCUUUCUAUGAAAACUGUAUUCUAACACUCUUCAAGAGGCAUUAUGUUUAGAACUAUUUCUUCUUACAUUUUUUGUUCUAAGCCUACUGAAACCUUUAUUGCUCAGUAAUUGCUAUUUAACAGUAUUUUGGCACUUCUUGCUUAUAUCAGUAAAAAUAAACAUACAUGUUAAAAAUGCUGUUAAACACAUGUAAUCCGCAGAUGUUCAUCUGACUUGGCUGCCUUCUGGGUAUCUCCUAAAAUAAUUCAUUUAAAACUCCAUUUUAGGAACCGUUUUUUGUGUAGAAGUGGUCUCCUGGUUCCAGCGUUCCCUCUGAUGUGGCAAAAUUAACAAGCUAACAAGAUUUCAUAACCACCUUGUGUAGGGAAGCUACUGAAAGACACAAUGACUGAGUUCUUGGUUUGCUUUAACUGGUGCAGUGGUGAGCAGCCCCAGCCAAAGAGACGUCGGAGACUAGACCGAAAAAUGAUUGGAGAGCCAAUGAACUUUGUCCAUACUGCCCAUGUUGGAACAAGAGAGAUGAAUAGUGGUUUUACAUCAGCUGGGUCAAUUCAGGACCAUAUGAAGUCAAAAGGUGGCUACACAAAUGGUACUCCUGCAAGUGCACAGCUAUAGAAAACUCAAAAGGAGAUUGAUGCACCAAUUUUUGAAAUUCUGGAAACUGAUGUUGUUGGAUGAACUCACUUGUUUACACUAACAGUAAAAGAUUUUCUACUGGAGAAUGGAGUAUUUCAUAGUGAUGUAACAUUUCUCUGACUGUAAUAGUUGGAUGCCCACAUUCUAAUUCAUUCGUUGCUGGAGCUGUACACUAGUGUUGCUUUUAACUUUAUAAAUUAGAUCUUACUUUUUUGUCUUUAAAGCCCAGUGAAGUCUCCACAACACCAAGGCUUUUGUGAUGGAUACGCUUACAAAAUAACUGGGUUCUCCACUCUAAAGUAGGUCCAGGUGACUGGAAAAACAGGUAUGUUUUUCCAUCACUGAGCUGUAAGUGCCUAGCAUGUUCUCUCCCACUGCUAUAAUAACUGCAACAGAUCUUCACUGUGCCAAAGUCUCUGAAAGAGGCUAGGUAAUGCUGGAUGGGUCUCAACAGAAUGGUCAAGACUUUCUUCAGACUUAAAUUUAUGCAGCAGCAAUUUACAUUACCAAUUGAAUUUUAAACUCUCAUCUAGAGAUGACGUUCUAGGUAUCAAGCAGUCAUGUAGCGUGGUGGUUGGGUGGGUGGUUGGUUUGGUUUUUUUGUUUUGGUAGCUGAUUGGUUUGGUAUUUUCCAAUGGUAGUGACACCAGAUCUAACUACAAGUGACAGCCUGUCUUCCAGACACCUCAAAAAAUAAAACCAGUCUCUGAUUACUUUUUGUUUUUUAACUGCAUUGGAAGUUCUUGAUAACUUUUUUUUUUUUUUAAAUCGAAGUAGAUGGUGUAAUGGCCUAAAUUAAAGAGAAAAUAGGCAGACUAGUCUUAAUCACUUCUCAAAGAAACAUACCACACUUGACACUUAAAUGCUAAAUCGUAGUCUGGAUAUACUUGAUAUAUGUGCGGUGCUGGCAUUUUGAGAUGUUGCCUCUGGCCUUCAGGACUAGUUAACUAAAGCAACAAGUUUAAGUAUCCCUUGAAGUGACUAGGUCCAUAAUCACUGUCAUAAGUGCAUCUAUACCCUUUUUUCUGUCUUGGGUAAUAGACAAUUGUCUUCUCAAACUAUGCAAUUGGCAUGGAUGCAGCAACUUAAAGUGGUCAUAACUUCCUUGAUUUCACUUAAGUUCAUGAACUUGAAUUAUCGCCAGCUUUAGAGCAUUGACAAGACACCUGGUAAGUCAGUGGAACUCAUUUAUUUCAACAGGAGUAGGAUCAGGCCUGCAGGUUUGUCUUUAAAAUAUCUUUCAACACAGUGUGAUCUGACCACUGUCAUGCGACUCUCCUAUAAAUUAAAGAGGUCUUCUGUGACUGAAAUGUGUCAGUGGAUACAUAUUGCUAUAAGACCUGAUGUGAAGGCGUAAGACAGUGUUUCCCAAACUUGGGAUGCCGCUUGUGUAGGGAAAGCCCAUGGUGGGCCAGGC